AUGGCAGAUGUGAUCGAAAAUCCAGCCGCUGCCAAUACGGGCUCGGAUAUACCUGAGUACCAUCAGGUUCCAGAAACUACACAUGAUUUGGAUUGGGCAAAUCUCGCUACUUUAGACCUGUCACAGUUUGAUCAGCCCGGUGGCAAAGAAAGCCUCGCCAAACAACUUCACGACGCAAUUGAGAAUAUAGGAUUCUUCUACAUUGUUAAUUUCGGACUUUCGCAGCAAGAGGUUGAUCAGCAAUUCUCUAUCGGCAAGCAGUUGUUCGAGCUUCCUUUGGAGGAAAAGCUUAAAUACCGUGCCGAACUUGAGAUAGGUGGUUAUAAUGGAUAUAAGCCAAUGGGACUUCGUGAGAUAAGCCCGGGUAUUUUCGACAAGACCGAAAUAUACAAUAUCCCAAAAUUUAUCCCAGCUUUUGAAGGUCCUCAGCCGGAAAUCGUCAACAAUAACAAGCCUAUUAUUGAAGGAUUUGCGCGUCAUAUUCAUGAUGAAGUUGUGCGCAAGCUUCUCACGCUGCUAGCCAUUAUCCUGGAGCUCCCCGAGGACUACUUCCUAAAGGUACAUCGUUACGAAAAGAAAAGCGACUGUCAUCUGCGAUACAUGAAGUAUCAUCGACGCUCGGAUGAAGAAAAUGAGAAGGCUGCUGGUAUUUGGUCCAAAGGCCACACCGACUUCGGAAGUCUGACUCUUUUAUUCCGCCAACCAGUAGCUGCUUUACAAGUUCGCACCCCAGAGGGCGAGUGGAAAUGGGUGAAGCCACACCCUGGCAGCAUCACAGUGAAUCUUGCAGACUCGCUUCAAUUCCUUACCAAUGGCUUCCUCAAAAGCAGCAUUCAUCGGGUCGUGGCACCCCCACCAGAUCAGCGAAAUAUUGAUCGACUGGGUGUGUUGUAUUUCGUUCGACCUGAGGAUGAUCUCGAGCUGCGACCAAUCGCUAGUGAAGUGUUGAGUCGGCUAGGAUAUGAUCAAGUUACCGAUAACUCUGCAGUCGGCAUCACCGCUGGAGAAUGGGUCAAGGCUAGAGUGGCCAAGGGUGUUGAUAAAGGAUUGGCAAGAAGUGAAAUUGGAAACCAGCCAAUCAUUGGGGGUGUCUCUGCGAAAUAUUAUGAUUAA